GGCCCCCUGGUGGUCUCGGGCCUGUCUGGGCGCGGCCGCGCGUGGGGCGGGCUGUAGGCCCUGGAGGUCGGCGCCCUGGUCAGCGCGGGCCUCCCGAGGCUGCGAAGAGGGGGCGUGGGGCGGAGGCAGAGGCAGCGCCGCCUGGGCCGCGUCCACACUGAAUGGAGGGAGACUGGGGGUCCCGAGCGAACGCGCGGGAAGGGCCGCGUUUGUGGGAGAGGCCGCGCUGGCUGCGGGGUCUCCAUCCUCUAAUCGCCGAGGCGGCCCGAACGCGGCCCAGAAGACUGAGCGACAGACCCCAUCGGGCCCCGCAGCCCGGGGAGGCUCUACUGGAACAGAGCAUCUCUACUGAGCCGGAAGGAGGGGGACUCCAGGAACGGGAAUCUCACAGGGAAGAACCCCCGCUCCCUCCAGCCUCUGACCCGAGACCCAUCAGAGCUUCAGAAGAGAAGCGGAAGAAACCCAGAAAAGGAGCGUAUCGCCCGGCGGGCCGAGGCUUGAGUGAUUUCACCACCAUCAGCUAAGGGAAAAAGCCUGAAAGGGGAGAUGACUUGUGAGGAAUCGGUAAGAGGCACAUAGAAGUCCUGGCAUGUGCUGUCCACACGAUCGCACGGAAACACGUUUCCUCUUAAAAGAAUCCUUUUGAGGACGUCCCUGGUGGUCCAGUGGGAAUGCCUUCCCAGGUUUUGACAGUCUUCCAGGAACAACAGAAAAUGAACAUAUCCCAGAAGUGUGCUGACCAGGGAUCCGUGUCAUUCAGGGACGUGACUGUGGACUUCACCUGGGAUGAGUGGCUACAGCUGACCUGUAUGCAGAGGACCCUGUACCGGGAUGUGAUGCUGGAAAACUACAGCCACCUGGUCUCCGUGGGGUACUGCAUCAGCAAACCAGAGGUGGUCUUCAAGCUAGAGCAAGGAGAAGAGCCAUGGCCAUUAGAGAGAGCAUUUCCAUGCCGGAGUGAUCCAGACAGAAGCCAGGAAAACCAAAAUAAACAUUUGUGGCGAGUUUCACUCAUAAACAAAAAAACACUGACUAAGAAGAGAGAGAAUGUUUUCAGAAAAACACCCUGUCAAUAUGACUUACAUGGAAUGAGUUUGAAAAAUGUUUCAGAAUCCGUUAUUAGUGAUAAAAAUCAUUCAAGUAAGAACUCUAAUGAAAUUAAUGCAUGUGGGAAGUUGCUUCUUGAUAAUAAUCAAGAAAAUACUCAUCCUAGAAAGAAAUCUGAUGAACGUAACCAAGAUGGAAAAUCUCUAAGUCAUAAUAAGGACCCUACUGGGCAACAGAAAAUUCAGCCUCUGGGACCACCUGUUGAAGGUCAUGAAUGUGGGGCAGCUGUCCUUAGUGAGGCAGCCAUCAUCACACCUCAGAGGAUCCAAACUGAAGAGAAGCCCCAGGAUUAUAAGGAACAGGGGGAAAAUACCAGUGACAAGUCAACCCUUAAAGUCCAGCAGGAAAUUCACACAAGGGAGAAUCAUUCUGAAGUUAAUGAGUGUGAGAAGUCAACCCUCUUUAAACAUCAGGAAGUUAACGUGGAGGAGGAAACACACGAAUCAAAUGAAAAUGAGAAUAAUUCCAGCAAGAAGUCCCAUCUCACUCAACUUUAUAAAACUCACACAGGAGAGAGAACAUUUGAAUGCAGUCACUGCAAGAAAUCUUUUUACCAGGAAUCCCACCUCACUCAACAUCAGAAAACACACACAAGAGAGGAACCAUGUGAAAGUAAUAAAUGUGGGAAAACCUUCCAGAAAUCACAACCCACUGACCCUCAGAGAACCCACACAGGAGAGAAACCCCAUGAAUGUGAUAAAGCCCCUGGAAAGUCGGCCAUUACUGACCAGCAGAGGACACAGUCAGAAAAGAAGCUUCAUGUAUGUAAUGAAUGCCAGAAAUCUUUUCGUCAUUGCUCAGCCCUAAAGGUCCAUCAGAGAAUUCACACAGGAGAGAAGCCCUAUCAAUGUAAGGAUUGUGGGAAGUCCUUCUAUGCAAAAUCAAACUUCAACCAUCAUCAGAGAACUCACACGGGGAAACCAUACGAAUGUAAGGAUUUAGGGAAAUCCUUCUGUGUGAAAUCAAACCUAACUAAGCAUCAGAAAACGCAUACAGGGGAGAAACCUUUCUCACAGAAGUCACAAUUUGCUGAUCAUCAGAGAACACACACAGGGGAGAAACCCUACAAAUGUACUGAGUGUGGAAAAUCCUUCUACUAUAGGUCAGCCCUACAAGUACAUCAGGGGAAGCAUACAGAAGAGAAACCCUAUAAAUGUACUGAAUGUGGGAAAUCCUUCUGCUAUAAGUGCCUGAUUGUACAUCAAGUAUCCCAUACAGGAAAGGAACGCUAUACCUGUAAUGAAUGUGGGAAAACCUUCUGUGUGAAGGCAAAUCUCACUAAACAUCAGAAAAUUCAUACGGGAUUGAAACCCUAUGAGUGUACUGAGUGUGGCAAAUCCUUCUCUAUGAAUUCGAUCCUCACUGUACAUCAAAGAACUCACAUGGGGGAGAAACCCUACGGGUGCAAUGAAUGUGAGAAGUCCUUCUACAAAAAGUCAGCACUCACUAAACAUCAGAAAACUUACACAGGGGAGAAACCACACAAGUGUAAUGCAUGUGAGAAAGCCUUCCUUAUGAAGUCGACCCUCAUUAUAUACCAGAGAACUCACACUGGGGAGAAACCUUUCAAAUGCAAUGAAUGUGAAAAGUCGUUCUAUGUGAAGUCGCUACUUAAUAUUCAUCAGAGAAUCACACAAGAAAGAAACCCCAUGUAUGUAAAGAAUGUGGGAAAGCCUUUUCUAUGAAGUCAAACCUCACUGAUCAUCAGAAGACACACUCAGAAGAGAAACCCUACGAAUGUAAUGAAUGUCAGAAGACCUUUCGCCAUAAGUCAACCUUAACUGUACACCAGAGAACUCAUACAGGGGAGAAACCCUAUAAGUGUAAUGAAUAUGGGAAAGCCUUCUAUAUGAAGUCAGCCCUCAGUCAGCACCAGAGAAUACACACAGGGGAGAAACCUUACGAAUGUAAAGAAUGUGGUAAAACCUUUUUCCAGAAGUCACACCUCACUAAACAUCAGUGAACACACACAGGGGAGAAACCUUACGAAUGUAAAGAAUGUGGGAAGAAUUUCUUCCAGAAGUCACACCUCAUUGAACAUCAGAGAACACACACUGGAGAGAAGCCCCAUGAGUGCAAUAAAUGUGGGAAAUCUUUCUGUUAUAAGUCAGCCCUAACCAUACAUCAGAGGACUCACACAGAGGAGAAACCUUAUAAAUGUAAUGAAUGUGAGAAGUUUUUCUGUAUGAAAUCACACGUCACUGUACAUCAGAGAACUCACACAGGGAAGAACCUCUUUGAAUGUAAUAAAUGUUGGAAAACGUUUUAUGUGAAGUCAAACCUCAUUAAUCAUCAGAGGACCCACACAGGGGAGAAGCCCUAUGAAUGUAAGAGAUGUGGGAAAUACUUCUGUAUGAAGUCAACACUCAUGGUGCACCAGCGAACACACACAGGGGAGAAGCCCUAUGAAUGUAAUGAAUGUGGGAAAGCCUUCUGCAAGAAGUCAACUCUCUCUAAACAUGAGGUAAUUCACACAUGAGAGAUACCCAAAGUGGCAGCAAAUGUGGAAAAUACUCCUGUGUAAAGUCACAUUUUGUCACACCUGAGAGAACUCACAGGAGAAACUAAGCUCUCUUAUAUCAGAGGACUUGUCAGGAGAGAGAUUCCCUGAGAACGUUAUUAGUAUCCACCUACAGAUCCACUAUAUGCUUCAGAAAAAUCACAGGGGAAAGGCAUCAGAAGUAUUAAAGCAUUUACAAAGUCACAACUUACUGAACAUCAGAUAAUUGAUAUUGGAGUGAAACUGUAUAAAUGUUUUAUGUACAAGUGUUCAAGAAGGAAACCAAACUUUAUUAUGUAAGGAGUUAAUACUGAGGGGAAAUCUAUCAAUUUAGAAAAUAUGGAUACAUUUUUUUUUCCUCCAGAAAUAAUGUAAUACUGGAAGUCAUGAUUCUCAUGUGGUACCAACUUUUGAAAAUGUGACCUAAGAUCUGUCUAAUGCUAAUGAUACUCGUUUUGUAAUAUGAAGCCUUUGGAAACACAGGUUGCAGCAGCAGAUUGACAGCAUUAGACACGUGAAGUGUACCUCAGGUAAGAAGGCUUAGGCAUGUUAGCAACAUACCUAUGUUGUGUGUUUGAUUUACAUGGUGGAUGUCAAAAUGGUUGUCAGUAGGAGAUAUCUCCCCAUAGCUUAAUAAUUAUUAUGACAGAUUUCUCACAUUAAAUGCCACCAGUGUUUGUAUUUUGGUAUACAGUAUACAUUUUAAGUGAAAUACUGACAGAUUUGAAGUACUGUACCACAACAUAUUAUUGAGAAAAUCAAAGUAUAGAAAACUAUCCAGCGUGCUACCUUUUGUGUAAGAAUUGAGAGGAUUCUCACACAUAUACACAAUUACUUAUUUUUGCAAAGAAAAACACUAGAAGGAUAAACUACAAACUGUCAAAUACCUAUGGAGGCAGAAGUGAACAGGAAGGUAGAGAUAGGGGUGGAAGCAAGGUUUCUUUGAUUUUACUUUUUUAUGGAAUUUUGACUUUUGAACAAAUGUAAAUGAUUUAUAUAUUCAAAAGUAAAAAUAAGACAUUCUGAAAUUGAGGGCUUCCCUGGUGGCG